AUGUCAAAAAGACCUCAAAUUCAUAUUUUUGUGGGAGCACCCAGUAUUCUAAGCCCACUAGAGGGGUUAGAGCAAAGUAGUUCAGCCCCUACUGGUGAGAAAUGGAGAGAGCUGCACUGUUUGUGUGAUACCCAUGGGUUUGUUUCUGCAAAGAUCCAGGGUGCUGCUGCCCCCUCAGUGCCCCAGGCACAGAGCUCCACACUCACAGGAGUCCCUACAAGUGGGAACAGUGCUCAGCAGGGCAGGUUCAUGGGAAAACAAGGAAAGGAUUUGACAUCUGCUGCCCCUGUGGCACUAACUUGUAACAGCACACCUAAAAAGAGCACAAGUUUAACUUGCUCUGAUUGUCAAGUAUCCAAAGAUAGAUUUACACCUGCAGAUGUAAAUCAGGCUGCAGAUCAACACCUGCCCCAGAGCUGUGCAGAAUCACCUGAACAAGAGAAACCAUCACGUGCCUGGUGCCCAGAACUCACUGAGAGAAAAGCCAGUCCUUUGGAAGUCAACAGCUCUGACAUUUCUGCUUUGGUUGCCAGUACUGAGCAGGUCAGCAUCCAUCUACAGUCUGUGGGACUUCAGGCAUGUCAUAGAAGUGAACAGCAUGAACAUCUAAGUCAAUAUAUGGAUAUGUUUUUCCAAAAAAGUCAGGAGUCCAAACCAAAAGAACCAAAUGACUGUGAAGACUUGGCAGUGUCAGCAGACACUGAAUUUCGUAGUGUAGUGACUUCAAGUCAGGUGGCUGUUUUUGCACAGAAUGAGAUGCAGGAAAGAACUGGGAAACUACCAGAAAUAGAAGCAGGCAAAAAAGCUGAAGAACAACAGUAUGAUCACUUGCAAUGUGAUUCUGGUGUUGGAACAUGUACUAUUAAAGUGACUGAAAAUGAAUAUAAGGAAGAGGACCCAAGUUCUCUUGAACUUUUCAGUUCUGAGGAUGAUGGGGAAAAUGUUUUGAUUAAUGCUACAAAACAAGAAGAAAGUGCUCAGGAAAAUGCAGAAAAGUUUCAAGAACUUGAUGUUCCUGCUGUGCAAUUUGUAAAUGAAAUCCAUAUUGAGCCAUUGAGCUCUGGAAUACUGUGCUCUCAAGGGAGCUGUUCUCACAAGAGCUCUUCUAAAAGACCCCGCAAGUAUGAAGAUUCCUUUCAUCUUUUUCAUUCAGCAUUUAAAAGACAGCUGAAAUCCAAGAGAGCUAAACUGAAUUCUUCUCCACCUGGUUCUGGGGUGAGAGUGGAUCCAGACAGGAUGACAGAGUUCAAGAAACUCAAGAAGAAACUGUCACUACUUAAGCAUUGCUGCAGCAAAGAACAAAAGUACAAUAUUUUGGUCACAGCUGUACAUCCUUGUCAUAUCAAAGAAAUACAGAUGAAGACUAAACCAAAAUCUUCACGUAAAAUUCCUGUAGCAACAAUUGUAGUUAUUGACCAGUCAGAAAUGGAGAGAAAAGUGGUGCUAUGGCAUGGAGCUGCAUUUUGGUCCCUCACUGUGUUUCCUGGGGAUAUUGUACUGCUUACAGAUGCAAUAAUAUAUGAGAAUCCUUGGUGUGGAGAGGUCAUGCUUCAGUCUACAUUUACCAGUCAGUUACUGAAUCUGGGGAACUGCUCAGCUCUCAAUCCAGAAGAAUUUUAUCCUCUAGUGGAUGCUGGUGUUCUCCAUGGCUUAUUGGCAUACAUAUCAUCAGAAUUUCCACACUUCAGUGACAUUCCACGAAGACAAGUUCAGAGACUGGAUGAUAUUCAGUAUGUGCAGCUAGAUCAGCUCCAGCCAAAUACUUUGGUGCACUCAAUCCUGAAAAUUAUCAAUAUUUCUGUGUUAACAGAAUCUGUGUACAGCUACAGAGGUGGCAACCAAAGAAAAAUUAUUCUAGCAGUAGAACAGAACAGAGGUCAACACUAUAGGAUGGUUCUGUGGGGAGCAGGGGCUGCCUGGUGCCCCCAGCUUCAGAGGAAAAAAGACCACAUAUGGGACUUCAAAUACCUUUUGGUCCAAUGUAGUUCUGUCUCGGGUGACUUGGAACUGCACACAACUCCAUGGUCAUCCUGUGAGUGCUUGUUUGAUGAUGAUAAAAGGGCAGUUGAAUUUAAAGAAAAGUUUCAGAAAAGUCAAACAUCCCUCAUGGAGUUGACGAGGCUCUCAGCACACCUGGAAGAGAAGUGCUCAGGAGUAAUUCAAGUGAAAGCCCAUAUCUUGGAAUUGAAGUUUACCAUUUCCACUGGUCAGUACAAGCAACUCAUCUUCUCUGCUGACACUUCGCUGGAAUGUGUUUUGGCUUCUCUGCCUGUGAUUACAUAUGCAGGUUGUGCCAAAUGUGGUUUGGAGCUACAGGCAGAUGAGAACAUGAUCUACAAGCAGUGUAUUAGAUGUUUGCCACACAGCAAAAUAAAAACAUUCUACAGACCUGCUUUGAUGACAGUAGAAGAUGAAGGAUAUGAAAUUUAUGUUCAUGUGGUGUCGGAGUUGGUGGAAAAAAUCUUCCUCAAUAUUCCUGCAGACUGGCUGAAGAGAGUAGUAGUGCCCUCUUCAGAUAUAACCUACAGUGCAAUAGUAGCAGAUCUGUGUCAUUCACUGCUGGCAGAUACAGAAGCAUCCUAUUUGUUGGAAAUCAGAAGCCACUUUGUGCUAGAUGAGAACAGCUAUCCUUUGCAAAAAGAUUUCCAUCUGCUAAAUUUUCAUCCUGAUCUUUGACCUCUGCACUGAGUAACAAAGACCAUAAGGACACACAGAUGGGAAGCAGAAGAAAAAUGACUUUGCUGAAGGAAGCAAAUAUCUUAAAAAAUGAUAAGAAAGGGUUUUUGUUUUAACUUAAAGCAAAACCAUCAAAAGGACUGGUAUGGGAUAUCAGUUAAUAGUAUAUACUGCUGGAAUAAUACUGAUGGAUUUUCAUAAAGUAUAUUUUUAUACAUGUAUUUUUAUGUUAAUA